GCCGCGGUGGGCUGGCGUCCGCACGCCAGGUUCCCGGCGUCCGACCCUCCUUCGCUUACUCUGCCCGCUCGCCCGCCCGCGCCCACCAUGGCCACCAUUCAGCAGCUGGUAGGAAGAUGGUGCUUAGUAGAGAGCAAAGGCUUUGACGAAUACAUGAAGGAAGUAGGAGUGGGGAUAGCUCUGCGAAAAAUGGGUGCAAUGGCCAAACCGGACUGUAUCAUCACUUCUGAUGGUAAAAACCUCACCAUAAAAAGUGAGAGCGCUUUGAAAACAACACAGUUUUCCUGCAUCCUGGGAGAGAAGUUUGAAGAGACUACAGCUGAUGGCAGAAAAACUCAGACUGUCUGCAACUUUACAGAUGGCGCAUUGGUUCAACAUCAGGAAUGGGAUGGAAAGGAAAGCACAAUAACAAGAAAACUGGAAGAUGGAAAAUUAAUGGUGGUAUGUGUCAUGAACAAUGUCACCUGUACUCGGGUCUAUGAAAAAGUAGAGUAAAAAUUUCAUCAUCAUUUUGGAUAGGAAGCUGCGAGGAUGAAAAAGCUCAGUUCAAUGAGCAAAUCUCCAUACUGUUUUGUUUUUCAUUACUAUGUUCAAUUAUCUUUAUCACAAACAUUUUACUUUAACUAUUUCAGUGUUGGUUUAAUUAGGAUCAUCUCUUUGGUUAGUAAAUAAAUCUGUUUGUGCUAUACCAGUUUUGCAUGUUUUUUUAAGCUUUAUAGGAAUUUAGUGAUGAGUUUUAACAUUUAUGGAUGGAAUAAAUUCUGGGGUAGCCUAGAGGUUACCAUAUUGAGAUUAUAUUUUAGUAAUUUAUAUGUAGAGCUACUUCUGUGGCAAAUCAACUACCAAUCAUUAAUCUUGCCCUAUGCUAUUUGAACUUUGUAUCAACUCAAGAAUCUUAAAUUUGUGGCAGAGACUGUUCUCAUUGAAAAAUAGCUACAUAAAUAAACUUUAUAAUUUAAAUAUUAAAAUAAAGGUUAAAUCACCAUCA